UGGAGGUAUAACAGCGUCUUGAUUGCUGGACUGAUACUCAUUCAACUCAAGGGUAUUCAAGCAUAUGUAUACUGCCAACGCUGCAGAUUCUUCGGGGAGUGGGCAGUCGAGGGGGAGGACAUGAGUGGGGUUACGACGCCGGUGACGGAAAAGGUUGAGUUGCGUUACUACCUGGAGGACGAGACGGCGGAGGUGCGCGUCCAUCACCUCACACCACACCAGCACGCCCUCACGCCAACCCCGCCGACCGUGCCUACCAAGUUGCUUAAGCGUGCACCCAUUCCUAAGGUCAGCAGCAGCAGCAGUAGUCGUAGCAAUAGCAUCCAACGCCAUCACGUCUUUGCUAAUUCACUUGUUUAUCCAUGCUGGGUGUAAUGAAAACAAGUGGAGGUGGAUACAUAGUGACGCUGGUAUCACUAUCUAGUAUAAUAAUGGCUUAUGUGUGCCCAUAGAACCUGACGGAGAUGGCCGGUGCGACGUCGCUGGGGGCCACGGGACGACCUACCCUCAACCUGCUAGGCCUGAGGGGCGGGAGAGUACACUUGAAGGACCGAUGGCCUCAGGCGGCCAACAGCCCUGGUUUCCUUGGUCCCAUGGAUUUGGUUUUGGGCCAGACGGUACGGGUGGCAGGGCGCCUGCUCCGGCUGUGUGAGUGUGACGCCUUCACUACUCGCUACUACAAGGAGACACUGGGCAUAGACCAAGAACCGGCCGAAUACCAGUACCUAAACAGGAAGAUUGGCACAGCCCCCGCCCCGCGCAUCACACCCCUGGAUCCCCGCCGCCUGGAGGAGCACCCGCGGGACAACUUGCACCCCUUGCCCACCUCUGUCACCACCCUCGUCGGCGGGAACCAUGCGAGGGAUAUCAGGGAUGGCUGCGAAGACAAGAUCCUACGCUUUGGAGCCAAACUGGUCACUGAUAACGAAAGGGACAAGGGCAGAGAGUUUGUCAUCAACUUUUAUGUAUACGACUCGACAAUAUCGGUAUACGAAUUGCCGAAAAUAAAUUCAGGGAUGAGGGCGGGCAUGUUCCUGGGGCGAGGCCUCGUGGUGGCCAGCGAGGGCGGGCACGUGGGCGUCGAUCACCUGUACAUGGGCGCCAUACUCACCCUCAACUCCCAUGUUUUCCGGCUCACCCACGCCGACGAGUUCACGCUGCGCUACAUGGAGGAGCACGCGGACGAGUUCACUCAAGCCAGUUACAACGUGGCGCUGGAUGAGGCCCGUCGCUGCCUAGGUCACCACCAGCUUACCGCAUUGCUGCACAAACUCGCCGCCAACGACCCCGCCAAGACAGGCUUUGUUCCGAUACCCCUGGCCACCGCAGCCCUCGCCCGGGAGCUGAGUGGGUGUCGUCUGACGGAGCAGCAGGUGGUGUCCCUUGUACGUCGCCACCGCCGUCUCAACGCCACCCCACUCACGGCGCAGGACCUGACCCACGUGGCGGCGCUCCACCUCAAGAAGCAUAACUACUACGGAGUCCCAGAGUUAGGCGUGGGUCUGCGCGGGCGUGACGUGGAGGGCGUGGGUCGCCUGCCCGCCCACACCGUGCGGGCGGCCAUGCAAGCCGCCCGCCUACCCAUCUCCACCGCCCUGCUGGACGCUCUCGUCACGAGCGUGACCCAAAAGGACGGCCAAAUAGCGUACGAGCGGCUUUGCCAUGACCUCGACCCGCGCCUUCGACCUAACCUCCACGACAACCUUCCCUGCCAGUUGGACGAGACAUCACUGGAGAUGGCGCUGCGGCGGGCCAAGGACGAGGUGGACUACGUCACCCUCGUCGCCGAUCUUGAGGGCAGCGCCGCCACACACCACUUCGCAGGUUCUGGCCUCAUCUAAUCUCGCCAACUCCUGCCCGUCAUGCUCUGGCUUAAGCUCGCCUUUGCCCAACGUGUACUGCAAAACUCCGCCUUGCUUUACUCUCAAGCGUAACCUCCAGUGUCAGUGUGUGUGUGUGUGUCGUUACUGGUCACACACACUACGGUUCAGCCGACAAUAUGAAUGAUAAAUGUUUAAUAACGUGACGGGACGAGGCAUGACCUUUGAUCUAUGACCUUUUUAAUCUCUGAUCCCGAAGCACGUGUAUGAUGCAACCGUCACCAACCUCCCCCCCUUCCUUAAGUAAUAACUCCUUGCCAAGCUAUCUAUUAAAUCAGGGUAUGUCAUCUGCAGUGUGUGUGUGUGUGUGUGUGUGUGUGUGUGUGUGUUAAACUGUAUUUGGAAGAGGGAUUUCGCUUGUCGUCUGAUGGAUUGUCCAAGAAAGGAAGAAAACGAAAGGUUAAUGAUGUCACAUGCCCAAACAGACAUGAAAUAUACUUUACGAUGUUUUCUAUAAAUAUUUUCCUUGCCAUUCUCCCUCAUUGCCUAAAGUUAUGAUCACAUAAUGUAUAUAUUGUUUUAUUUUUGUUGUGAUUGCUUUUAAUUUUCUAAUAACUACAUCAGCUUCGCCUGAAGAUAAUAUGGUAACACAUGGAUGGUAGUAAUUACAUGGCUAUCAUUAUUUCAUUAUUAUUAUUAUUACUACAUUGAAGUCCUUGUGGAUCUUAUCCUAUAAGUCCUAUAGUCCCACUAACCUCUCGAGCUCCUACGCUGCAUAUCACACUCCCCUCAUCACCACCUCCGCCACAAACACACACCAAACACAACCAAAAUACUGUCUCGCUGUUUUCAUCACCACCAUUUCAACACCUCACCACUCAGACCACAGACAUCUCCCUUCUCACCACCCUUCCUGUCACGCAUCUCCAUUACCAUUUACCACCACUUCGACACGUAGCCUAAGUUGCCUAACCCUUCUCGCCAUAGCUGCUAUAAUACAAAUUUCCUUCUAUAUAGCCUACAUUUCCUACACACCCCUCCUCCCCAUUCUCUUUCCUCCUCAAUCAUCUUAUUUCUUUAUAGCCUACUUUUCCUAUCCGCUAUCCUUCUCAACCAUCCAAUCUUACUGCUACAUAGCCUACUCUUCUUACAGACCCUUCCUACCCAUCCCUAUUCCUCCUCAACCAUCCUAACUUAUUUCUUUAUAGCCUGCUCCUCCUACACACACUUCCUCCCCAUUAUCUUUCCUCCUCGACCACCUUUCCAUAUCAAGGUCUCAGGGCGAACCUGUCUUCUUCUCACUUCAGGGUAAGAGAUAAGCAACACAUUACCUUAGACUUACUGUUAUAAUACAUGGUUCCUUUCCAUCGCCUCGAUACUAUAAGGUUUUCGCACUAAAGACAAUAAAAUAACUAACUGCA